AUGGGUAAACUUUUACAGAAGAAGAAGGCCCGGUCCGGCUUGUCCAAGGCUAAGGCCAAGAACAACCGCCUGAAGAGCGGUAACAAGAAGAUCAAUGUGUUGGGCAACGCUAUCAUUGCUGCGAACUGGGACAAGGACCUCACUCUGACACAAAACUACAAGAACCUGGGUCUUCUGCACAAACUCAACGCCCCGACCGGUGGUCGCGAACGUCUCCCUGGAACAGUUGGCGACGACGCUACGCACUCCUUGCAGAUUCGGGACAGUGGCAAGGCCUCUGCUCAGAUUGAUCUUGGCGAGAUUCGUGUCGAGCGCGAUCCCGAGACUGGAAAAAUUCUGCGCGUUAUUCGCGACGAUGAACAGAUCAAUGUUGCCGGCCGCUCGCACCGUGCCGCAAACCCGCUUAACGACCCUUUGAACGAUAUUGAGGACACCGUUUUGGAUUUCAAGAACAGCGCAUCGGGCACCGAUGUUGUGAAGAAGCUGGAGCGCCAAGCCAACUCCGAGGGUGUUGCUGAGAAGGCUAAGAAGCCUCGCCACCUGAGUGCUCGCGAGAUUGAGUGGGUUUCACGACUUGUCGAGAAGCACGGAGAGGAUCUUAUGGCAAUGGUCCGAGACCGCAAGCUCAACCCUAUGCAGCAGAGUGUGGGAGAUUUGCGGAGGAGAAUUGACAAAUAUAAGGAGUACCAGGCAUCCCAGGAGUGA